GCGAGGCAGGGCUGGGGGCGGAAGCGGCUCGUACUCCGGGUGCUGCCAUGCCAGGAGACCACCGUCGCAUCCGCGGGCCCGAGGAGUCCCAACCACCUCAACUGUACGCGGCGGACGAGGACGAGCCGCCUGCCCCCCGCGACCCAACACGGCUGCGGCCUGUGUACGCUCGCGCCGGGCUUCUGAGCCAGGCCAAGGGGUCGGCCUACCUGGAGGCGGGCGGUACCAAGGUGCUGUGCGCCGUGUCUGGCCCGCGCCAGGCCGAGGGCGGCGAGCGCGGCAGUGGCCCUGCUGGAGCGGGCGGCGAGGCCCCGGCCGCGCUGCGCGGUCGCCUGCUCUGCGACUUUCGCCGCGCACCCUUCUCGGGCCGCAGACGCCGCGCGCCCCCGGGCGGCGGCGAGGAGCGCGAGUUGGCCCUGGCGCUGCAGGAGGCGCUGGAGCCGGCUGUGCGCCUGGGGCGCUAUCCGCGCGCGCAGCUCGAGGUGUCGGCGCUGCUGCUGGAGGACGGCGGCUCGGCGCUGGCCGCCGCGCUCACGGCCGCGGCGCUUGCCCUGGCCGACGCGGGAAUUGAGAUGUACGACCUAGUGGUGGGCUGUGGCCUGAGUCUCUCGCCGGGACCCGCGCCCACCUGGCUGCUGGACCCCACGCGGCUCGAGGAGGAGCGCGCCGCCGCCGGUUUCACCGUGGCGCUUAUGCCGGUGCUCAAUCAGGUGGCCGGGCUGCUGGGCAGCGGGGAGGGCGGCCAGACCGAGAGCUGGGCCGAGGCCUUGCGCUUGGGCCUCGAAGGCUGCCAGCGCCUCUACCCCGUAUUACAGCAGUGCCUAGUGCGGGCAGCCCGCCGGAGGGGAGCGGCCUCCGCGUCCUGAGUUCCAAGCCUGAGCAUCAACAAAUGGAGUGCUGCUGCUGCUGCUGCUGCUGCUGUCCUUAAAGGACCUGUGCGGUCGGUCUCCUGCCUCCACCCAGCUAAGAAUCUGGAGCACAGGAGAGGAGGUCGAGGCAUACACACACGAACCGAUGCACUGGACAGCUAUGUUUGAAUGACUUUUUUACAAACUGUUCUAUUAAAGGGACUUUCUACUUGAGCUGGCACCCAGUUACGAUCCAACUGAAGAAACCUAUGGAAGCAGCCUUACUCCCAAGUUGAAAAGGACUUAAGCUGGACUUAUCUGAAAAAUGAGAUCUGGAGCUAUGGCCUUUUAAGAGAUGAACCCUAUAUAGGCCAGCUAUUGACUCUUUCCAAUAUAACUGGGCUACUCUUAAGAGGAUGAACAAGGGGGCAGUGCCUCAAUAUCUAAGCUAAAACAUAACAAAAAAAACUUUUUUUUUUUUUAUGUCGUA